AUGGCCGACCAACCUGGCUGUAGUCCGUACAUCACGGUGAUAGAGGAUGAAUCACUGCACCUUAUUCCAGCGCCAACAGGGAAAAAGCGCAUUCCGCCUGCAGUGCUUGUCGACAAUCGAAGGUCUGUGCUCAAGCAUCCGAGGCUGAAUAUUGUGGGGGCUUUGGCUGAUCGUCUCAAGGUAAAAUGUGAUGGAGAGAGACCAUGUACAAGGUGCCAAAAAUUGGAAAAACAAUGCGUCUUCUUCGAAAUACCGAAAGACCCUGUCUCAGAACGGAUCGAAAGCGUCGAGUCAGAGGUUCAAUAUCUCCGACAACAGUUAGAUGAAAUGCGCGAGUUGCUUCAACAGAGCCGCUCGCAGCCCACCCCAAAAUCCCAACUAACACACUCCCCAAGCCACCUCCGUGAUCGGCAACAGCAAGUAGCUCACGAGAGCGCUCGUGGUUCCUCGGGCUCUCAUUAUCCUCAUUCACAGGAUAACCCUCAAGACGGGUUUCCAAAUAUACCGGUCGCCAGCUCCGUUGGCUAUACAAAUGGUCACCAAUACCAAAGGUCGAUGCCGGGGUCCAUGCCAGCCCUCUCUCCAAAUGAGACUUCGGCUCAGCCUCUCUAUGCAUCCAAUCGAAUAAUUACUAGACCGCCCAAGAGAAAACGAUCUGGGUUUGAGAUUCGAGAUGAGCCCAUUGCCGACUUUAUCGAUAAAGGACUCAUCACCCUUGAAUGUGCUAUGUCAUACUUCCAUACCUUCUUUGGAGGAUGUGACCGGUAUAUCCCGAUCUUCGACCCUCAAUACGAUACUUUCGACUCCAUUCGAUCUCGAAGCAGUAUACUUCUCAACGCAAUAUGUACCAUUGGCUGCAUGGUCGAGACCAGAUCCGGAGGUGGUUCAAUGUCCGACGUUCUCCACGCCGAGCUGAAGAAAUGGAUAAACGUCAUAAUCCAGAACAAGGAAUUAAACUGCCUAGAAUCAGUCCAAGCAAUGCUCGUGGUUGCUUGUUAUUCCACAGAACGUUCGCUGAUCUUAUCAUUUGCCACUCGGAUGGCCAUGGACCUGGAAUUGCACGAGGCCUUUGAUGAAUUGAUCCAGCGGCUUGCUCUUCAGAGUGAAGAUAUGGCUUACGCCUUGCCACAUCAGAUGUUUGAAGAGGAGAGGGCUCUUAUGUGGAACGCUCGGACUUGGUUCGGGCUUUUGGUUCUCGAACAUAUAUUUCGUGUUGAUGGAGGAAAGCCCCCUGGCAUUCGACUAAAAGGAAAUGCUCGCCGCUGUCGGGUUUUACUUAGCCAUCCAUCGUCGACAAUCUUAGAUUUGCGGUUGUUCUCUCAGGUCGAGUUAAACAUCCUCAGAGGUAUGACCCAUUCCGUGAACUUAGGUGCAACGUCUAAUUUAUAUUCUAUAGCCAAUGUCGGCGAUGCUCUAGGAGGAAACACUUCACUUGAUGGGCAAAGCAUCGCCGAUUACGUGCAAGAUAUGAAGAUUGAGCUAGAUUUGUGGUUCGACAGUGACUGGCUACGCAUUAUCGCUUGUGUUGCCGCCACCGACGAGAAGCCAUCUCUACUCGUCGCCCUUCGAGUGCAGAAAUGCUGGGCAGAAAUGAUGCUCAACUGUAAAGCACUACGAUCAAUGGGUGUUGAGAACGUAGCUGCGAUGUCCACCACGGAAAGAACGAUACUCCUCACAGCCAAGGCAAGUGCCCGCCGACACCUCCGCCUCAUAAUUGCCGAUCCAGACUUCUACCUCGCCAAGCUGAAAUACGCAAUGGAUUUUGUCUGGGCCAAGUGCGCAUUCUCCUUCCUAUUGCUUCUCAAAUUAUCCCGCCUCACCCCUGAGCGCGACGAGGAGCACCAAGAGCUGCUGGAACAAGGGAAUCGACUCCUCGAUGAGCUGAGCAAAGCUGGAGCCAGUGGAACUCAGUCCGGAGCUGGGAAUAUCUAUCUCCAGAUCUUGAAGGUCAGUAUUGAGAAGUAUGGGCGUGCAUUGAUGGAAGCACAACAACCCAGCUCGGGUGGUCCCGCCGCUACGUCGCCGUUCUGGGAGUUGUUUGAUGCUCAAGCGGAUCUCCAGUGCUUUGUCCCUGAGCAGUUUGUCUCCGAGUGGGACUUUCCGGGCCUCAAUUUGUUUUAUUUUCCAACUGCUUGGCAAGAUUUCUUUGGAGAUUUCUCGUUAGCUAUGUAA